GGGCCGGGCCCGGGGGCGCCCUUCGAGUGCAACAUCUGCCUGGAGACGGCGCGGGAGGCGGUGGUCAGCCUCUGCGGGCACCUCUACUGCUGGCCCUGUCUCCACCAGUGGUUGGAGACGCGGCCGGAGCAGCAGGAGUGUCCGGUGUGCAAGGCCAGGAUAAGCCGGGAGAAGGUGGUCCCGCUGUACGGCCGAGGGAGCCAGGAGCCCAAGGACCCCCGAUUGAAAACCCCACCCAGACCCCAAGGUCAGAGGCCGCCCCCCGAGAACCGCGAGGGCUUCCAGACCUUCGGCGAGGCCGGUGGCUUCCACCUCUCCUUCGGGGUCGGCGCCUUCCCCUUCGGCUUCUUCACUACCGUCUUCAACACCCAUGAGCCCUUCCACCGUGGCCCAGGCGGAGAGCUGGGAGGCCGGCGCCCGGGUUCCGGCUGGCAGGACUCCCUCUUCCUGCUCCUCGCCAUCUUCUUCUUUUUCUGGCUCCUCAGCAUCUGAGGCCCCAGUCCAGAGCCUCCCCCCACCCCCCGCCCGACCCCCCAGCCGCCCCGGGGACGGGACCCCCCAGGUCGACCGGUGUCCCAAGUGGAAGGCGACCCCAGGAAGCGGCCAAACCUGGAGGAAACCGCUUUUCCUUCCUGCAGCCCUAUGCGGGGGAAGAGUAGACUCUUAACCCCCGCCUCGCACCCCCCCCACCUCUCAGCCUGGGGCCGAAGCCCCUCACUGCCCGCCCCCCACCCCAAUCUCUUCUCAAUCUUGAUGUAAUUUAAUUUUCCCGGGGGGGCAAUCACAGGCUCCACCUCCCACCCCUCUGCCCCGCCCCCUCAUUUGUAAGA